AUGCCUUCCCCACAGCCAUCGUAUGCGCGUGCUAUCAACAUACCUUCGCGCAACAGUCCAGCAUCCUCACCAUUCUACCACGAGUUCAAUGGCUCCUCCUUACAGUCAACGCCAGAGGGAAUGGUUCCCGUCUCACAUUCCUCCCUCCCAAUACCACCCGCAAUGCACCUACCCGAAUCGUUGCUCUCGCCGCCGACCUCGACCCCACCGACUUCUUCCCCCUCGGCAAUGUCAGAGGCCCUCAGCAAAGGCCCUGGAUUGAUACGGAGGGUCUCUCGCGGUGCCCAGAACAUCCCCAAUAAAUUCCGGCGCAACGGCACCAAUGUUCACCGUGACAGGAGCUCGGGACCAGUGAUAAUGCGUCGGCGAAGCGACAGCAGGACCGCGGCAGAUGGUGCUCUGGAUGUCUCGGAUUUCGACCAGUAUUUCGAAGAGGAGGAGGCCAUCGAGGACUUCGGCGAACCCAUCAAUGCCCUUGGCAUCUCUUCCACAAGUCUUCCAACCAUAAGCUCAAUCCCGGACUCCACCGUCACUGCCCCCAAGCGCAAUUCCAUACUGGAACAGGGCACUGUUCUCAUGAAGGCCACGAAGAAGAAGCAAAAGAGCAUCACACUCCGCCUAGACCUUGAAAACGCAAUGGUCUACUGGGACGAAUCUCGUCCGUCGAAAUGCUUCUACAUCGACGAUGUCAAGGAAAUUCGAACCGGCCUUGAGGCCAAGCACUACAGGGAGGAAUGCAAUCUUUCCGCUGGUCUCGAGCCUCUCUGGUUCACCAUCAUCUAUUCCGACGCAUCGCGUUCCAAGGGCAGAAUAAAGCAAAUGCAUUUGAUCGCUCGCAGCCAGGAGAUCGUCGAGCUGUGGACCCGCACACUCGAUACCGUCUCCCGCAAUCGCAUCAACAUGAUGGCUGGCCUCCUCGGCUCUGGAGAGAGGAGCGCUAAGCUUGUAUGGCAACGCGAAAUGAAAAAGAGAUUCAACGGAGUCGAUCCUGUUGAGGAGAAGGCGUCGAUGGAUCUCCCCGGCAUCAUCGCUCUCUGCCGCAGUCUUCACAUCAAUUGCUCAGAGAACACCUUCCGCUACUAUUUUGACAAGGCCGACAGUGACCAAACCGGCAGCCUGGAUCAGUCCCAAUUUUUGUAUUUCGUGCGCCGACUGAAAGAGCGCAAGGAUGUGAAGCACGUCUACAAGCGCCUAUUGCCAGAGGGCCAUACCGAGAUGGACAAAGAUACUUUCUUUGCAUUCUUGCAAGUAGAGCAAGGCAUCAAUGUUGAUGCGGAUCUUGAUCACUGGACAGCCGUAUUUGAGAAGAGUGCGCGGUCUUCGAAGCCAAGGGCAACACCAACCGAGGGCGGCGAAGUUCCGCUUCCCUCGACCAUGAAUUUUCCCGCCUUCCAGUCAUUUUUGACUUCACCAGCCAAUUCCUGCUUCAUACCCCGAUCCGCCAAUCUAAAGCAUGACCGUCCUCUCAAUGAAUACUUUAUUUCCAGCUCUCACAAUACGUACCUGCUAGGUCGCCAGGUCGUGGGCGAGUCAAGCACCGAAGCUUACAUCACCGCUCUCCAGAAAGGAUGCCGAUGUGUCGAGGUCGAUUGCUGGAACGGUCGCGAUGGAAAGCCCAUCGUCAGCCAUGGGCGCACCUUCACUACCAGCAUCUCCUUCCUCGACACAAUCAAGGUCAUCAACGAGUACGCAUUUUGCGAAUCGGACUACCCACUGAUCAUUUCGCUCGAGGUUCACUGCAACCCCGAGCAACAAGCCAUCAUGUCUGAUAUCAUGAAAAAGGAAUUCGGUUCCAAGCUUGUUCUCGAACCACUGGACGACACUCAGACACUGCCUUCACCCGAGGAACUCAAAGGAAAGAUCCUGAUCAAGGUCAAGGCUGCAGCAGAGGAGCCCGAAAAUCGCGCACUAAAUGCUGAGCUUCCCAUUCGUCGCCGCGACCGCAGCUUCAGUUCGCCAUUCUUUCGCCCACAGCAGCUGAGUGAUGCAGGCAUUCCCAACUCACCCCUCAUUUCCAGCCCACCAUCGAUGAGCCCACCCGAUCGACCCGCGUUUUGGGGCACCCCUCGCACCUCUACAACUUCUACCAUUGGAACCAUCCCGACUUCGGCUUUCAUGAGCUCUGCAGAGGACAGUGACAGCCCCCACACCACGGAACCGGAAGACAAGAAGAAGAAGACCAAAUCGCAAACCAGCAAGAUCACGCGAGUGCUCGGUGAGCUCGGCGUCUACACGAAGGGUGUCAAGUUCACCAACUUCAAGAGCCUCGAAGCACAGUCGUACAAUCACGUCUUCUCGUUUGGCGAGCAUACCUUCAAUAAACUCAUCAAGCCGGCCUCACCGGAUAAGCCUCACCUCGAAGAGCACAACAAACGAGCGCUCAUGCGGGUGUAUCCUGGCUAUGACCGUGUAACAUCCAGCAACUUCGAGCCACUCGGUUGCUGGCGGCGCGGUGUGCAGAUGGCUGCGCUCAACUGGCAAACGUACGAUCUUGGCCAACAACUCAACGAGGCCAUGUUCUCUGGCGGUGACGAUCGGACCGGCUACGUCCUGAAGCCUGCAGAACUUCGCGCCGAAGAGCGGCCUACACCUCUAAUCGGCAAUAGGAAGCCUCCCAAGAGGGUUGUAAAAUUCGCAGUCGAGAUCAUAUCUGCCCAGCAACUGCCUCGCCCAAGGAGGAUCGGUCCCGACGCCAAUAUUAACCCCUACAUCGAGUUUGAGAUGCAUUGCGCCGAGGACAUGGGCCGCAAUGCCACUGGCGAGGGCGGUCAAGAUGCAUCAGCUCGAAAUGGCCUCUCAGGAUUGGGUGAGCCAGUUCGCAAGCGAACACGUAUCGUCAAGGGAAACGGUUACAAUCCCGAAUUCAAUGACCGAAUCUCCUUGAACCUGACCACUCGCUACCCUAGUCUUGUGUUCGUGCGAUGGAGCGUAUGGAACUCACGCGACGCUCAGAACCCGGAGCGGGCUCCCCUGGCCACAUUCACCGCCAAGCUCAGCAGUCUGCAGCAGGGGUAUCGCCAUCUUCCCCUAUUCGACAGCAACGGCGAACAGUACCUUUUCUCAACACUGUUCUGCAAGAUCGAAAAGGAGGAGCCUAUGGAGCCUCUGCCAGCGACGAUCCCCGAGUUUGUAGACUCUCGAAGGUCAUCCAUGGAAUCGAUGAAUGCUUCACAAGACCCGGCUGCCCCCCGCUCGAGCCGCAACUACCUCAAGCGGUUGGUCAGUCGCAAGAACAGCGGGAGUAAGCGAAGCAAGGACAAGGAAGAAUGCACCAUCUCAUCCUCCACCACAUCGAUCAGUCGUAGCAGUACCUUCGACUAA